AACCAGUUCGCUCAAAGUGUUGCAAGCUUCGAAGGAUGUCCAAUUUGUUCGCCUCUGAAUGUAAACAUUCAUAAAUAAGUACAGAUCAUGACUGCCGAGGAGAGUAAAGAUUACAUGGCGAAAACAGAGGUUCAUCAGCUUUUUGAGGUAUGAUAUCGGAGAAUCACUUAUGUGUAAUCUGUGCCACGGAGUGCGAAACAGCUCCAAUUUGAGAGAUUCCCGCAUGAUAACAGUCACCAAUAAUUAACAGUGACUAAUGGAUAUGAAGACCGCUUCUAUGAUAUUUUUAAAAUGAAAUUUGUAGACUUUGUCCUCCAGUUUAUAAACUAUUUGGUAGUUUUGAAAAUUUUACUCCCUUCAUCAAGUUUGGAUGUAUGAUGUACGUUGUUGUAGCCCCUUUGUGGGGCGCAGCAACCAAAGGCGAUCGAGAGAUAAGCUUUAAGUUUAAGGUUAUAGAAUCGAAGUAAGGUGCAUCUUUUAACAAUUUCAGAUGCGAAAAAAAUACAUAUCCUGUUACCUCGAGGAAAUGGAAAAAGAAAGCUAACUUAAAAGGACAAGAUUCAACUGAAGUUAAUUGUAAUGUUUAUUUAAAUUAGCGCAAUACAUAAAUUUUUCAAACAUAUGUAAGCUUAUGAGUUACAAUUGCUUACACCACUGUAACAUGAUGUUUGCCCAAUAUUUCAAUGACUAAAUAAAUGAGGGAUUUUCUUUCUGUAACUUUAUUGCACCGAACCGAGCAGCCUCGUUUCAUUAGACCUUUUCUGCGGAUGUUUUUUUAAAAGCUCUCACCUGCAUGUUUACUUUCAAAUGGAAUAUCAAUAUAGCGACAAACAAACAAAUUGAUUGACGUACGUGUGCCAGCCUGCCAGGUGCGAACGAUAAUUGUUGUGUUUAUAAUUGAAAUUUGUUAAAAUCCUAAGUGCAUUACUUAUAAUAUGUUUCUUUUGCUUUUGAUCUGAACGAAAGAAUUGAAAGAAUUGACCUUUUAAGAGGCCAAUGAAAUUGAUAAGAAUUAAUUGUUAAAUUUUCCAUGACAUCUGUUAUUUCUAAGUGUCGGAGUUUUUUAAUUAUGUCAAUGAUUUUUUUUUUCAACAGACUAAAAAAUCUUGAUCUUUAUUUUCUGCAGGGGAUGCUGACUGGCCUACUUUACCAUAAGCCAGAGGAUCAUUUAGCUUUUCUGGAAAAUUGCAUCUCCCUCGCAAAAACCGAAAAAGACAUCAAGUGGAACACUUUCCUUGAUGUCAGCAAAAAGCCAUUACCGCCCAUCCCAAAAACUGAUGGACCCAUUAAAUCUGAGGCUGGACAUGAGGUACGCACUUUUACAACUGAACCAGAAUUGAAAACAAGACAACCUCUUCCACCGAUCAGUGGGCAGCGUCCAUCCAUUGAUGAUGAUGAGAAGGACUUGACAGAAACGAAUAUUUUAACAUCAGAAUCAGAGGAGGAGUUGGAAGUAGAAUUUUCAGGGCAGAGGAUCGUGUUUGUUCUUGGUAAGUGUAAAGUAUUGUAAGGUUAUGCUAAUUACCGGGGGGGGGGGACACCAUAUAAAAGGGUCUGUAAAUUGCAGAUUUUUGUCUUUAGCAUGAAAAGACAUUAUAUUUGCCCAUUCAGGUAUCGCUUAGGUCUCUGCGUAAAAAAAUGUACAAGAAAUGCUAUAUGACACUUCUCUCACAGAAAUCUAACUUUUAUAAAUAAAGAAGACAACAUUCUUCGCAUUUAUUUAGAUCCCUUACUCGUCUGUUUCAGUAUGGUCUCCUUUAGGGGUCAGUUUAAACUUGAGCUACACCUACACUGGUCUCCUUUAGGGGUUUAAUUUUAAUUUUCCGAGAAGCAUCAGGUAUAAAAAAAUUGAACUGAUUAUUCCAAACAGGUUUCAUUUUUAAAGGUGGUUGAACAUAUUUCUAUAACGCAGAGGGCUUUAUCAGUUUCAUCUUAAACAAAUUAUUGUUUGCAAAAUAGAAAAGUUUUGUGGGGAUGGGGACAUGUCAUGUACAGGGUACAGGGACCUACAUAUUUCUUUCUGUUUAGGGUCUUUUUCCUUGAUGCAAGAUUGAAGUCAACUUAUUCAUGUACUCCUUUGAUUCUUGUACUCUUAAAAAAAAAACAGGAGUAAAAGGAAAAUAUAGUUAAGUUGGGCCCGGUUCAGACGCGGAACUUUUCAUGAGCCGAACCUAAUUCGAAUUAAGGCCGACACAAACUAUUUAGACUGCCUGAAUUGAUUCAGACGCCGAUCUUAAUUCCAGCCAAACUAAAUUAAAAAGGAGAAAAAUGUUCAUUUUGGUGAAACUGCUUGCAAAAUACGUUAUAAGAAUUUAUGCUUUAGGUUCAUUACAUGAAACAUUCUGUGUCUGAAUCAAAACUGUUCCAAAGUCAUUCCACAGUCAAAAUUCCCAGGCUAGGCAUGAAGAACGGCCGAGCUGUUCCAUAUUGAAACAGGCGUUCCUAAUUGAUUCUGAUGGCAAACUUUUCAUGUACUUUCAUGUACUUUUUAAUGUAUUAGGUUGGGUUCAUGAAAAGAUUGGCUUCUGAACCGGGCCUUACUCAUACUGGAGACCAGGAGAUUCCCUAGGCAUAAUUUAUGGGUAUCUGUAGACUAAGAUUUCAUCACACAAAACAAAAACUCUUAAUGUACACUACACUUUUCAGUACACUUUGUGGCAGAUCUCUCUGUCAGCAUUGUACAACUUACAUCAUCAAACUUAAUUGAAAUAGCAAUGCAGUUUGUCGCUUGAAUCCCUAACAUCAUCGUUGCAUCAACAGCGAACAUUGCAACUUCAAUUCCAUGGGGAGACCCAUACAGAGGAGAGUUUGACAAAUAAUAAUAUAAAUUAUAAUGCUUCAUUAUUAAGCUACUAAAAAGUGCUGCAGCCUAAAUGAUAAACAGUCAAUCAUUCAUCCUUGAACACUUUAUGUGAACACCACAGGUGGACCAGGAUCAGGCAAGGGGACCCAGUGUGCUAAAAUUGUUGAAGAAUUUGGUUAUGUACACCUAUCUGCUGGAGAUCUUUUGAGACAAGAAGUGGCCAAGGGAAAUGAAAGGGGACAAAUGAUUGAAAAUAUUAUGAAGGAGGGAAAUCUUGUACCGCAGGUAACAUUAAGCAUGUAGAUCGCUGUAACGUUUUUGUAGUUGUCAAGGUUGUCAUCAAGUUUUGAAUCAGCAAAUAAAGAUUCAUCUGUAACAUCUCACAAACAUUUAUGGUGUCGCCUCUAGCUUUACACUUUGAUGACCCUUAACAAUGAUGGGCGCAUGGGGGAGGGAGGACCAAAAGGCAGGCAGCCUUACUGUGAUUGCUAUUGUUGUCUCUUCAGGGACUUUGUCUUUGUUAUUUUUUUCUUGCCAUUUUUUCCUUUGUAAAAAUAGUUAUCUUUUUUAAUGUAAGGUUGAGUGUUGUAACUGAUAAUAAUUAUAGGCUAAUUGUAACCAAUAAUUAUAGACUUAAUUGUAUUGAGCUUUCAUUGACUGCACUGAAUUGUAACAAAGAAAAACAAUGAGCACUGCCUUAACAAAUGUCCACACCUUCUUGGCUUAAUUUUAACUCCAAGAAGUUUCUAAGUAGGUCUGAAUUUAUGACAUAAUUUUUUGUUGGGAUCCAUCUUCACAGGAAAUUACCAUUGAGUUGUUAAGAGAUGCUAUGAGACAACACAAGGAGUGUCCUGGAUUCCUUAUUGAUGGGUUUCCUCGAGAAAAUCAACAGGGGAUACAGUUUGAACAAGAGGUUAGUAUCACCUUAUGAAUUGAUGCAUGGGUUGGGUGGGGGUGGGUGGACAGGAGAAAGGAAGGGAGGGAAGGGAAGGUGACAAAAAAUGCCCGUUGUAUAGUGCAUUUUUAGAAUCUUUUUACCUUAUAAAGCAAAUAAACGCUUGUUUUAAUAAAGGUUUUUGAAUUUUACGCGACUUAAAUUCACACCAAUUAGAGGGAAAAGUACUUUCAAAUAAAGAAAAUAAACGCGAAAGAGAGGGUACGUGUAACAUUUCAAAUUGAAGGAAAUCGACGCGAACUACAGAAAGAGACAAAACUUGUUGAGACAACCGGGACAAAUUUAAGUGUAUAAUCCGAAAUGUAAGCACUAUUCGGGGUACUUUUUUACACGUACAGGAAUAUUAAAGGAAAGGAAUCUGGUCACUUCGUGCAUUCUUCUCAGUUUCACUGAUACUAGCGGAUCUCCACCCUAAUGAAAUAAACUGCUCUCUCCUGGUGCCAACAAUAUCUGGAGUGUAUGAAGACUUGGGGCCAAAAUGAUGGAUACUAAGGUCGCGGGAAUAGACCUUUACAAACAUGGCGCAAUUUAAAUCAACGCAAAUUUUUUAACUUCACGUUAAUUUCCUACAGAAGCAUAUAACCCCGAUCGGGGUUAUGUGCUUCUGUUUCCUAACAUAAGGUAUUUUCCCGGGAGGGUGAAGGUGCCUCAAGGUGCUUUUAGCUGUUCAAAUAUUGAAUUGUAAGACGCUCAAUCCAUAUUCUUUAAUCAUAGAGUCUAAGGGUCUGUUUAGUGUUAUAGUGUGUUUAGCCAGCCUCUGAGUAGUUAGACUGCGAGCAGUGUCUUCUUUUCUUUGCAAAGACCUAUAACCCAUCCACGCGAACGGCAAGCGGUGAAGCCCUCAUGCUGCGAUAAAUGCUGACUGGGAUAAGAACGGAACGGAUUUUAAAAGAAAAGGCGGACUGCAAGCAGUUUACUGAACAGUUUUCUUUUUGAAAAGAAGGACGAAAGGAGGGAAGAGGAGAGAAAAGAGGGAGGGUCAAGGAUCCCUUUCUGUCUCCUUUCACUUCCCUUCCCUCCCCUCCCCUUGCUCGUGCUUUUGUUUUCAUCUGAUUGGCAAACAAAAGGUUUCAUGAUGUGCACCUGCUACGUAAUGUAUACGGCUAACGUGAAAACAAACCCUCCCGGGCGACCCGAAAUGUAUGAAAUUUUAAAGUUGUUUUGUUGCUUUUUUGCGUUUGUUGUGUCAACAGGUCGUGGAAAGUGAUUUCUUACUCUUCUUUGAGUGCACUGAAGAGGUUAUGGAGGAGCGAUUACUAAAACGUAGUGAAACAAGCCAGCGUGCCGAUGAUAACAUUGAAACGAUUAAGAAGCGAUUUAAAACGUUCGUUGAAAAGACGUUACCUGUCAUUGAUCAUUACGAAGAACUUAACAAAGUCAAAAGGGUAAGUUUCGCAUUGGUAUAGAAUUCUUUGUGUUAUUUUUGGUAGCAUCGGUAGGAAUGUAUAAUAAACGUUUGUCUCUUUUGCAUUACUUUAACUUGGUAUUCCAAGAGAAUAGCCGAGAAUGAACCGUCUGCAGACUACAAAACGUUCUUUAGUAAGCCGCUAAAAAUGACAGUUCCGGGGGAAUUCAUUAAAGUGACAAAAAUGGGGGCAACAGUAACGCAUGAAACUCAUAGCGACGAAUAAUCCGACAAUACGUGUAAUUUUCCCGUUUAGUAAUUUUGGUUAAUUGGAGGAAAUAGGAGACGUCUGCACGCAGGCAACUUUUAAAUGACUCUAGCUGUAGUCUUUGAAUACCAAGAAAACCCUUUUUGCUCCAUGAGAUUCCUGUUACAGAUAUGGUUUGUGUGGUAACAAAUUAAUGCGCGGUGUGCAAUAUAGCCUCAGUGCAGUUGCCUCCUCGCCCGAUUUUAUUGAGGGGAGGGGUGGCUAUACACAGGCAAGUUCAAUCUCGUCUUGCUAAAUAUUUAGUAUAAUACGAGUUGUUCUAUAACGGUCUUCUCUUUUUUUGUUCCAGAUCGACGCUAAUCGUGGCGUGGAUGAAGUAUUUGCAGACGUGCGCUCACUGUUCGGUGCUCUUCCUCCAAAAGAGGUGAAGAAAAUUAAGAGAAAGAAAAAGAAAGCUGAGGCCAAGGAAAAGGGAGAUGAAGAGGAAGAAGAGUGGAUCGAGUUUUCUGGGCAACGGAUAGUGUUUGUGUUAGGUAACGGAUCAAAUCGUUCAUAACUAGACUAACUUUGAACAUUUACGAGGUCCAACAACGUAGUCCUCGAAUCUUUUCCUUACUUUAGGACGCUCAGCUAUUUGUUUCGCUGUAAGUUUAUUUCAGGAGCGAGUGUGCUCGUAUUGUAGUAAUUAUGCCGUAAAAACAAAACAGUCCUUACCUUGCAAUGACUAACUUUUAACUUAUGAUUACCAUUGUUUUAAAUUUAGGUGGCCCUGGCUCUGGUAAGGGAACCCAGUGCAAGCGUAUCGUGCAAAAGUUUGGCUACACUCACCUUUCAACCGGUGAUUUACUCAGAGCAGAGGUCGAGAAUGGCAGCGAAAGAGGACAAAAGAUCGCUGAGUUAAUGGAGCAGGGCCAACUAGUUCCCCAGGUAUGGUUGUUAUUGCUGUGUUAAACGAGUUCCUGUUGCAUUGGGUUCAUCGUACAUGGAAUAAUCCUGUGCAGGUAGCAAAAAUGCUUGAACGUUACAGACUACCCGCUGUACUCGUUUUAUUCUGUCAGAUAUCACAAGCCCUCUUACUAAUCUCUUUUUCCCCGUUUUAUGACUUCCAGGGUGUGGUUAUAGAGCUUCUGACAGAUGCCAUGCUGCGCCAUCCUGACUCGCCUGGAUUCCUGAUCGAUGGGUUCCCGCGGAAGCUUUCCCAAGGAGAACAGUUUGAAGAAGAGGCUAGUAUUGUUUUCUUUAACACCUACAAGCAUCAGCAACAAAGAAAUCAUCAAGCCUUCUUUUCUUCAAAAUCCAUCCCAAUAGCUCGUAUUCAUGUUUACGUCACAGGGCUUAAAAUAACGGUUGGUCAAAAUGACCAUUUGUCUGGACAAUGUUCGGCCGGUCAUUUUGAUCGGACACGUAAACAAGCGACUAGAAAAAAACCUUCUCAUACCAUUACGUUUCAAGAGAACAUGCAAGCAUCUUUUUUCACUUUAUGUUUUUGCUUGUUAGGCUUAUACGUUUAAGUUGUUAUCGUGAUAUUUUUCACAUUUUGACCAGUCAGAAGAAAGAAGUGACCGAGCUAAAAUUUCUCCAGCCCGAUAACACCACCCGUAACAACUGCAAGUUCAGUUUGAUCCCUGCGUCAGGCUUGUCCUCCUUCAAUCAUUUCACCUCCAAACCGCCUUUGUGAAUAUAGAUUCUUUGCGUACUGCACCUGGAAUUCACAAUUGUGAAACUUUGCAGGUUUUCAAUUCUGAAGCGAGGCUAAAUUUCUACUCUUACACAACCAUGCUUGAGGCCUAGUGUCUCAAUUAGCUGCUCACGGCUGGAAUUUUUUAUUGGUUUUAUGGUAUAAUUAUUCAAUCACGAGCUAGAUUUAAGAAAGUACAAUAAUUGAUACAGUAUUUGAUUUGAUUUCAUGUUUUGUAGGUGACAGAGUGCCAUUUUGUCUUGUAUUUCGAGUGCAGCGAAGAAGUUAUGGAAGAGAGACUUAUCAAGCGCGGAGAGACAAGUGGAAGGAUGGACGAUAAUGCUGAAACGAUAAAAAAACGAUUCAGUACUUUUGUGGAAGAAACCCUACCAGUUAUAGAAAGUUAUGGAGAGAAAAACAAAUUAAAAAAAGUACGUACCGUAAAUAGCAUUGUUUUCCUUCGUCUUGGAAUUACUUGUAUAUUGAUCCUCGUUUUUUGAAGAUCUCACACGCUUUCCGAUUGUCUUUCAUGUUUUAGUGCUGUUCUGGAAUGAGAACAUUCAGCCAUUCUUUCUGCUUGAAUCCUUUUAGAUUUUCUCACUUUUAUCCAUAUAAAGAAUAUAUGGACUUUCUUGUCGACAUUGCAUCGUUCUUCCUUUUGGGCUUACCAAACCUCCGUUGUUGUUCUUACGCCCACAUGCAUCUUGUUCCCUUUUGUAUGGCGACUUCGUAUCGUCCUAAAAUUUUCUAUGUGCCGUCAUAAUGUUUCCAUCUUAGAGAGCCCUUUUAAGCAAUUUGAACGUUUGCGGCUAAACAUUCAUCAAGGAAACGUUGACAAAAUGAUGAAGCUGUGUCCAGUGAAAGCUUACAGCAGUUUAAUUUGAUCUGUUUGAACUGACUUUCAACGCGAUUUAACACCUUUGAACGCGUUCAACAAUGUUGGGUGAUAUAGUUAAAUAAAGCUGGCCUCAAUAUUUAAGGUUAGUCAUUAGAUUUUGUUGUGUUGUUUCAAAGGUGGACGCCACACGCUCUGUGGACGAGGUUUUUACUGAUGUAUGUGCCAUCUUCGGAGAUCUCCCAAAGCUUGAAAGACGGAAGAGAAAGAAAGGCAAGGAUUUGCAUUAACACAGAUCUCUCCAAGGACUAAAACCUCUCGCUUAAUCGCGGCAAAAAAUGCACAGUAGAUAAGUUACAUUAUACAGAAAGGCUAUUGCUAUCAUCAGCGUCGUGCUUUGCUUCCAUUAUGCCGAGAACUUUGCAUUUUUCAAGAAGUUACGUUAACGUUGUAGACUGUAAACGUGGCUGUUUAAUUAUUCAAACACCUUUUACUUGGCGGAAGUAAAAUUAAAUGGGAUAAACAAACUUAAGAAUUUUUAAUGUGAAGUGUUGUUUUGUGAGGCGAAAAAUCGCUACCACAUGCUAAAUAUCGCAGUUAACUUUGGAUCAGAGGAGUUAUUUAACGAAAAUUAUUUUUAGUCCCUGUACGGCGUCUUUUCAGGCCCUCCUGCCUGGUGCUAAGAUUCCUGUAUCAAGUAUCCGGUUCAUGUUUCGUCCCGUUGGUUAAGUUCGCUGUAACAGUUUUUUUUUUCGUUCCUUGGUAUCCACCUGUUAUAUUGUUUCUAACAGAAUGAUACCUUAAACUGUUUCCUUUUCGUUUUAUUGCCAUCGCGUUAAAUUGCAAACCCACACGUCGACCCGAAAUACACUACUAAAGGGCGUACGUAGAGCUUUUUGCUAAGACCUGGCAUAGGGACAUUUGAGUUAAAUUAAACAUCGCAGAAGAAGGUGUUGUUGAUAUCGCUGGAGUAAAGAGUAUUCUGCAGAGAUCAGGAGACCAAGCGAAGGGCCACUACUUUUACCUGUUUUGAAGCAAUGGUACAUUUGGGCGUUCACGACGAUAAUUUUGUUAGUUUCCCCUGUGCUACUUUCUAGCUUCACUUUUGUUUUAAAUCCUUAAGUAGAAUGUUUGCACCUUUUGUGUCAUAUAGUUUAUUCAUACGCUCUGGUCUUAGUGUAUUUUGAAAACACUCAAUUCAAAGUCGGACAACUUCAUCUUUCUAGUGUUGACUUUUCUUCUUCUUCUUUUCAUCUCCAACAUAGUUAAAAAGGCCGAGAGUGAUUCCGAAUACGAUGAACUUGCUGAAGGCGUAGAAGACUUGUCCCGAAUCAUAGAGGGAAAACCGAUAAAGCUGCGACGAAAAAAGAAGAAAAAGCAAGAAGAGGAGCAGCCGAGAACGCCAAUCUACGAGCAACCAAUUGUUGCCGAAGAGUUUGUGCCCCUUAUGGAUGACACCAUCGCAAAAACUGACGGGAAAGGACUCCUGAACGUCAGAGUAAUAUUCGUCAUAGGUUAGAUACGAAUUUUUUAUUAUUUUCUAAAGCCAACGUGGUGUAAAUGUGUACUUUCAGCGACGUCUGUAACGACAUUUCCGGAUUUCACAUCGCUUUGGCCUUCGCUUCUUAUUUGUUUGUUUUUAGGUAGGCAGUAUGGGAUCGCUACAUACUGACGUUAAAUUUAAAUAAUUUUCUGGGCCACUGAGGCACGUAGUGUACCAAAGCUGCAAAGGAGAGAAAGACGAGGGAAAUACACGUCUACCACGUGCACACGUGUGCACAUCAACUUAUAGAUUAUAGAAUUCCCCCUGUGUUGACCUUGUGACAGCGUAUCCCUAUUGCAAUGGAUUCAGGAUCCGCGGGUUGUUUUAACGGAAUUUUUCACUUCGUUAUGCUAUUGCGCAUUCAUUCCUUUCAAGAAAAACUCUGUACUACCAUUCACUACUUUGAUACUAAUCUGUUUUAGCAACAGGACGGGAACGUCAGUUGAUGACGGGAAAUCGCGCGUAAAGGACGAAACACGACUUCCAGUGCUCAAUUUGCCGCUCUGCCAUUGGUCAAGCCAGUUGUUUGAUUUGCGUGCGCCGUCGUCAACUGACGUUCCCGUUCUGUUGCUAAAUCAGCCUACUGUCUCUGUUACUAGGUGGUCCUGGGUCUGGUAAGGGGACUCAGUGCGCCCGUAUUGUAGAGUCGUUUGGUUAUACUCACCUGUCGACUGGAGACUUAGUGAGAGCCGAAGUUCAAUCUGGUUCACCAAGGAGCAAAGAACUGGUGCAAAUUAUGGAAAAAGGCGAGCUAAUUCCUAUGGUAAGAGGGCUUGUAAAGAUUCAAUGAAUGAUACCAACUCACGUAAGAUUAGUUAUCGUUAAGAUGUCACCCGACCGAGUUGAGGCCAAAAAGGGUUCCUUCUUUAGGUACUGAGCCACUGAUUACGUACAACAAAGAAACAAUACAACCAAACAAUAAAAUCCCCAGUAGAACUCUAUUGUUUGGUUCCUUUGUUUCUUUUGUGAUGACGGUACCUGCAGAAAGACCCCAAGAAAGCCUGUUUUGUACAUGUAGUUUAAGUGCGCAGUCGAACGAGAGAAAUGUAAAAAAGCUACUUAAAAGGUUGUCUGUUUCACUGUUAAUUUUUGUGUCUAUUUUGGUUUUGGGAUCGUUAGAAAUACGGAUAAAAACAUUCUUGAGGGACAUAGGGGUCGUCGUCGUCCCUGCAAGUGGAAUUGCUAUCAUCGGAGUGUAGUGGUGGACCACUUUUACUCGUACAUUUGUAGGAAUUGUCCAUCCGCUCUGAAAAAGCGAAGGGCGUUUUUGACGAAUUUCUUAUGAUUUGUUUUUCUACGGGCAAGGGGGCUGUAGCCUCGUGCCCAGGGUCUCUCAUAAUUUUUCCCGUCCCCCUCGCUCCUUCAGGGGUGGGGUGAUAAAAGACCCUGGAAACGAGGUUGAAGGGGUGAUUGUAUACGUACUCGCUAACCUAGUUUCCGUGGUAAAAAAGCGGUAUUCUGACAAUUCUCUUUCAGAGAGUAAUUCUGGAGCUACUGCGAGUUGCCAUGGUGAACAUUCCUAACACUAAGGGAUUUAUCGUAGACGGUUUUCCUCGAGAACUGGAGCAAGGAAAAGAAUUUGAAAAUGAAGUAAGUUGAAAAAAUAUUUGUUAGGCAAUGCUGUAAAUAGUGUCAUGUUUUACUUCAACUUGUAAUAUAUUUACGUACAAUGGUCGAUGCUACGUUGCAAAACUUACGUAGAUAACCUGCAAUAUCGUUCCACGAAAAUGAUUGGGCCGGCGUCCAACCUCUUCCCCAGGGGCAAAUCCCUUUUAUGACGUCGGCCAACGUCGAUAGUUUUCCCCUGACUCUCGGGUCAAGCAAUUGUAGUGACGACCAAACACUGGCAAUUUCUUUUCAAAGGCAUUUUCAGCAUUUUAAUCGCGAAACAUUUUUAAUGUGACUUGUAUCUUUUGGGUUGAGAAGGUGGGUCAAGCUGUAGCUUUGUUGCCAUUAUAAAUAUUUAAUUUAAAAGAACUUUGUGUUCAGUGGAAGUGCAGGCGGUUAACUGGAAAUCCACUUAAAUUAUUAUAAACAAAUGGUCCAAAUCAAACACAGUAUGAUCAAAAAUCCUAAAUGACGGGAGGCAAACUACUUGGGGGUGAUUUAUGGAAUACCAAAAAAAGAACUUCAGGAACAACGUUCGAAGAAAGUCAAUGGAAAAGUUAAAUGGCAACGAACAAAUCACAUGCGUCACUUAUAACUCAGUCACACGCAUCUUACAUAAAAAGCAUCGCACAUUGCACACAUUACAUAUGACACGCGUCACACAUUGCACGCAACACACGUGACACGUAUCACACAUUGCACGUAUCACAUAGCACACUUAGCACAAGAGGUUACAGGCUUACCACCUUUAAUAGCCUAGCGCUUGGAAUUCAUGUGGGCCGCGUCGCGCGCCCUGUUCUUUCUCCUACAUUGCCUCCAAGCGCCUUCUACGCAGGCUACAUUUUUAACGAGAUUUGUCUUCGGUUUCUUUUUUUCUGAAAUAUAGAUUGCAAGUUGCGAGUUUGUGUUAUACUUCGAAUGUUCACCGGAAACAAUGAAGAAGCGGCUUUUGGCGCGAGCAGAAACGAGUGGACGUGUGGACGAUAACGAGGAAACGAUUAUGAAACGGCUGGAAACGUUCGAGAACCAAACGAAGCCUGUUAUUGAGUAUUAUGAAUCACAGAAUAAAGUCAAGAAGGUAACCUUUCAUCAAGUACUCCGUUCAUCAAGGAUCAAAUUUCAAAAAAAAAAUGCGACACCCCAUUUUGCAAAAUACUGAGACAAAGAAGAUCCCAUUCGAAAACACUUUGGAAUGCUUCGGAAGCAUAUUCUCUUGUCCUAUUUAAAUUAGAGUAAACUUCUACGAACCCUCAGAGUUUUGUUGUUACAAUUAAUACAUACAAUAAUACACAUACAAUUUAUUUAUCGGUUAUCAAGAUUGGUUCUUAUUUUUACAAUUAAUUUUCUUUUUCUUGCCUUAAGGUUUUGGCCGAAGGAUCUCCAGAUGAAGUUUUCGCCCAAGUUAGUGACAUCUUUGAACAUCUUCCAAACCGAAAAACAACGUCACUUCAUGAUUAUGACGUCACUUUUAUAACAGGUAUGAGCGUUCGGGACACUUGUUUUUCCGAUUUCCUUUUGAAGUCUUGAUACUAGGGUUCGUCAUAGGGAAAUUUGAGACAAGUGAGGGGCGCAAAAGGUCCCGUCCCCACAACCCAUCACAGAGAGGUACAAGCACUAGCCCGUUCCAGGAUCCGAGAUAGUCGGGUCCGCGGAAUUGAGAAAACGUGAACACGAAAACAAAACGGUAGGGAAACUGGGGAGAGAAAGAGCCAAAAUCACGCGCUCAUAUUUUGGCCUGUCUUUCAUUCACGCGUCAUCCCUAUUAUCUGAGGGCCUUGAACAGGCUACACAGGUACUAUUAUAGUGUUGAGGGUGCCAAAGAUUGUUAUGUCCCUGGUUUUUCUUUUACGUCCCACAACAGUCAGACCAUCGAGACCUUUAGUGAGAGGGAGCCCACGUUUAGCCAUCUAUUUUAAAAGCCUGAAAUAUUUCUGUGCGGUUAAAAGUCCAUGAAAACGCCCUUGUGAAUAUAAUGGCAGCGCAUUUCAGAAGCAGAAUUAAAAGUAUGGUGCUUUCUAGGGUGGAGGCACAAAAAGGGUACCUCCAUGAGAGUUUAGAUGGAACUUUUAAAUUACUGAACCGUAAAAAAUGAGGACCCUCACAUAGUCAUCUGGUACGGGUAAAAAUGGCUAAAAGCGCUCUCUCGAUAGUCGCUCCCGUCAUUUUUGUGAGGGAUGUGGUAGCCUCCACUUUCCCCCGUCACCCCUAGGAACUCAAACUGUCUUAUAACAAGGAAACUGGCUCUCAACACAAAGAAGUAUGUAUUUAAUUGUUCAUUACGUGGCUUUAGGUCCACCUGGUGUGGGAAAAGCAGAACUGGGUAAAACACUUUCCGAAUCGACCGGCAGAACCCACCUAUCGGUUGGCUCCUUGCUUAGAGAAGAGGCAAAGAGAGAUUCAGAGCGGGCUCAGUCGAUUAACGAAGCCAUCGUGAUGGGCGUAUUAGUUGCCACGGUAUGUAUGAACUAGAAAAGUAAUGAGAAAAUGUCGUUGCGUUUUCUCCCUAUCUUUCUUUUCCGUUAUGUCACUUUAGAUUUAAUCUUCCGCAUUGGGGUGUCUCGGUUUUGGCGCAGUAUGUUUCAGUUGUUUAUUUCAGUUACCUAAUUCCUUUAACACGACCGUUUCAGUCGGUUUGCUUCAAAAGUUAGGGCAUGGCGUUCAAAGUCAAGCAUUCAGACAUGGCAUUUGGGUUUCCUCCCAAAAACCGGCAGUGUCUCUAUUGGUAGACUGUUCACCCUCCUCUAUUUUUUCGUGAGAUCGUCGAGAUAUAUCUCGUCUUACCGUUAAUUGCGGCCAUCUUGAUUUUCAAAUGUACCGAGGAGACGGGCGUCGGAGAUUAUAGCUCUAGGGGAGGGGGGCGAGAGAAAUCUUUUUCUCGCUUCCUCCCAAACCACCCCCGCCCCCUGAGUAGUUCUGACACUGAUGCAAGAUGGCAGCCCGUAACGUAAAGCGCUCGAUCUCGACCAUCUUACGGAAAAAUAGGGGACUGUGAACAGUCUACUCUAUUGGUACUUUCUUCCGGAAUUUUAGGUUUCCCCAGCUUUCGAAUGAAGAAAGUGUAAUACACGUACGGUAGGUUUAAGUUGGUUCCUUAGUAACUGGUUGUCAUCUCGUCGCGGAAUUCUCAUCCCCAACUUUAAACUUUGAACUCGGGCCGGCCUGUCAGCUGCUAUUUGUAUGUAGCGCUGAGCGAAUUCGGCUAACCUGCUCAAUUAGUCCUAACUCUGACUUUCAUUACUCACGUAUUAGACACUGAGGGGGCCAUAGAAGGUGUCCAUAUUAAGCGGGGUGAAUUAAGAGAAAAUGUAAGAUCUUUCUUUCCCAUGGGACAAAGCAAACUGUUCUAAAAAACGAGGUGUCCAUUAAGCGUGGUUUGACUGUAUUAUAACUGAUUUAGAAUGAUAAUGUUCCUUUAGGAAAUUGUUUUGGCAUUACUGACUGAAUCGCUGGAAAAAGAGGAAAAGAAUCUGAAUGGAUACUGCAUCGACGGCUAUCCACGUACAGAGGAGCAGCUUAAUCAGUUCAAACAAAAGGUAAAUCUAGUGGCUUUCCUGUCUCCUUGGAUAUAGAAAUCAUACCGUAGUUAAUGUAGUAGACAUGCCUAACCCCUCCAAAGUACAUCUCCCCCCCUCCCAAUAAAAGUGCCUUUAAACCAAAACAUUCUUCAGUAAUUAGCCGCAUCCCUGUCUGUACACCUUAGUUUGGAAGCCAUUUUUCGGAUACACAAAGUCAAAGUUAAACGCAAAUGAUAUAUCUUGCAAACUAACAAGAGUAACGGUAGGGCAGUGGCGACAACUUUCGGUUCCUCUAGUUCCUCUAGAAAAUUGCAAAGUACAAAUGACGUGCCGCAAACCCAACAGAAACGACUCUUUGAUGGCCUGCUUGAGGAUGAACCAGCCAGGCUGUGUACCGUUUAUACCCAAUUUCGCGGUAGAAACGCAACAGAGCAUUAGACGCCUCGCGCCUCGCCAUGGCUUCAAUUCCUUGGAAGCAAUGAAAAGAAUAUUUUUUAUCGAUUGGUGAUCAUAUUAAGUGUUUUAUCAAACAUUUAUUGUGUCUGUGUGAAAUUAUUUUGAAACAGGUGUCUGAUUAUAACAGAAUAAUCGUGCUAGAGAGUGGUGAUGACGAAAUGGAACGGGUGAUCAAGGAAAGAGCAGAAACUUCGGAAAGAGAGGAUGACAAGGAAGAAAUAUCAAGAACUAAAGUACAGGUCUACAAUGAAAACACCCGACCCAUGAUCGACAGUCUGGCAGAUCCUAGCAAAGCUGUUAAGGUAUAUAUUGUACAUUGUACUCACUUUCUGCCUUCUCAUUGAAUAAAAGCCCACAGCUGAUUUUGGAAAUCAGUGCACCAAUCUGUCGGUAACGCGCGCGCAGUGCGUGAUCUCAAAGAGCAUUUUCAGACGGUGUGUUUGUAAGCAAUGCAUAAUAAAACAGUUAUUAAAUUUUAUUUUUGUGAUAUCCGGAAUAAUCAAGACCACGGUCGGUAAACGUUAUCAUCCUCGGCCUUCGGCUAGGCUGAUAACUUUUUCCUUCACCUCGACCUUGAUUAUUCCGGAUAUCAGAAAAACCUCAUCUGAUAACGGUUUAUCACACAACUGAACUACAUAACAGAUGUAAAUCAACACUCCACCUUUGUUUUCAACCUUUGACUCGCUAAGGUCCGAAUAACACGCCACCCUCGUUUCCCGGGUAGCUCUGUUAUCUGGGAACAAAGUUAUCCCCUGUUAUCCCUGGGAAAGAGGUUUGCUCUGCAUAUGGAAACUCUUUCUUCAUUCCUUGCUGAGUAAUACUGUAAUUAAAGCUGCUUGUCCUUUCUUGCCAAAAAUUGUUAAGGCGAUGUUCACUUAUGCGUUUUCAAAAAUAUGUGUUGCCAUCCAAAACCCAUCAAUCUAUUUUCGUCCCCGUUCUCGUUUUGAUGCUUUUUCGACUGUCCACAGUGACAAUAAAAUUGCACGUUACUCUUUGCGCAUGCUACAAACACAUGCGCCUGCGAUAUUUUGGGUCAUCGUUUUCAUUUUGAUGCGUUUGCGUCCGUUCCCGUUUCUGUCCACAACAAUCCGAUAUGUGAUAGAUGCAUAUGAAAGAGAUAAUCUGAUAUGUAUGCAUUUUCGCUUUGAUCCACUUUUAAGAGCGUUUUCAAAUCGAUGCGUUUUCGAUGAAAACGCCCAGCGUGUUAGUGUGGACUGAAGGUCUAAACGCAUAGAUUUUAGGCGUUUUCUAACGAAAACGCAUUAGUGCGGCAGGGCUUAAGGGUGGGAUGAUUUCAUGAGCAGCUCAUCAGCCUCAUUGUUCAGGACCAAGUCCUUGUUAUUUUAUCGCUGCGUCGUUUUCUCAGAAGCGUAAAGAAACCUCAUACCAGGUGUAUUGUACACGGUUGUUCUUGACAUGUAUAUGUAUUUACAGACAUCUAGUCUUUUAGCAAAUCGGAAAAAUUUGACAAUGCCAACAAAUAUCUGUAACGCAUUCUAAACUGUGAACACUUUUACUUCCCUUGCAGGUUUCUGCUUCAAUGCCUCAAGAAGAACUUGUAGAAAAAGUCAAGACACAAAUAACGAAAGAGGAAUAGUGCUGGGCAUGACCUCCAUCAGUACAAAAAACAAUCAAUUGCAGUCAUCAGCAAAAAUCCACAAAGUCGCCGAAGCAGCUUCAUACCGUUCUUCCCUUCAUUAAACCUCGUUAGCUCAUACCGUCUUGUUAUUGAACUCAUCCUACACCAAAGCCGUUUAAUCUCCUCUUAUCCGUUUCGAAAUUGACAGACAAACAGAGAAAUAAAUCCAAAGAAAAGCAGCGAAAAUAUUGUGGUGGAUAUGAAUGCUUCUUAGGUUUUCUUCAGGAUUAAUUCAUUAAAAUGUGAUGGGGAAUCGUCACGCAGAUUCGCAUAUACUGGGCAUGUAUCGGACAUAUAUUGUGCAUGUAUUGGGCGAGUUUUGAAGGCCAACGACGGCCUUAUUAAAUUAAGUUAUAAUUUAUAUUGAAAUUGUAAUGUAAAUACAGGUAGGUUCCUGAAUGUUAAUGUGUGGAAGGUUGUAGUUCUCGACAGUUCUUUGUAUACAAGAACUGAAAUGACACUAAUAUGCUAAUUAAUAUGUGCAGCACAAAUUUAUUAAACUAUAGGUCUAGAACUGCUGGACCAGGAGGAGUGUGCUAAAACAAGCAAAUUCACUUAACAAGUGUACAAC